AUCUGUUCAUUGUUUUGUUUUUGCUUGCUAUCGCUACAUCAUACUGUGUACGUCGUUGCUUCCGUGUGGAAGCAGCAAAAUUGUUGUUUACAAAUCGUUGCAAAUUAUUCACUCUUGCAAAUUCCGUCCGUCUGAGGUUUGUGAUUUGCCAACUGCGGACUCGCCGUGAUGGCCGAAUCCCUCGAGUCAAACGCUUCCACUCCUACCAGUGCCAGAUCGGAAGAUGGCGACAGCGAUGAACUUCCAAAGAAACCGGAAGCAACAUCAGCAACCGACUCCAAACUUGAGUGCCCCGUUUGCCUGCAGACGUGUGUCCAUCCCGUUCGGUUGCCGUGUGGUCAUAUUUUUUGCUUCCUUUGCGUGAAGGGUGUUGCAUUCAAAAAUUUGCGCUGCGCAAUGUGCCGAUGUGAUAUUCCGCUGACAUACCUAGACCAUCCCCAGCUAGUGAACGGUGUGGAAGAGAUUGUGCGUGCCGCUACCGCUUCCGUGCCGGAUGGCAACGAGUACCGUUGGUACUACGAGGGAGGCCAUGGCUGGUGGCAGUACGAUGAACGCACCAGUCAGGAGCUGGAGGAAGCCUACCUGCGGGGUGACAAAAGCUGCAAAAUAUUGGUGGCCGGUUUCGUGUACAUCGUCUCGUUCGAGCACAAGUGCCAGAUACGGCAGAACGACUAUUCGCGCAUUCGCCGCAUCAAGCGCGAUCUGGUGACCAUACCCAAGAAGGGCGUUGCGGGACUGCGGCUCGAGACGGGCGAGACCAACCAGACUCCGACGGCCAACGACAUGAACGAGUUGUCUUCCGCCAUGGGCGAAAUGAAUCUCAAUGAGGGCGCUUCCACGUCUGCUUCGUCGUCCGACGCCGCUGGGAUGGUGAGCGUGUCGAACACAGGCGUUUCGGAUGAUCCCAAUGAUCGACAGGCGGAGGGUGGUGACAGCGCUGAGAAUAGCGAUCACCGAUCGGCCGAGCCGACUAACGAUCUGGAUGAUGUGCCUUGCAUCUCCACCACGACCACAGAUUCGCCGAGCAGCUCCAGUACAGCUGCUGCAAACAGCGCAAGCGGCACUGUUGUUGUCGGUCCACCAUCCCAGGAACUGAUCGAUCUGAACCAUCCGGAUUACUCUGCUACCGACAGUGAUGACGAUGGAAGUGAUGCUGAUGAUAAUUUGCUCGUGCUGUAAGACAUCCUCAUCGUGCGUGUGUUCUCCUUCCUCCAUCGUCCACAUUUUGGGAGGGGAAGUAGGAGUCCCUCGGGCCGUUCUGCUCAAGCCAAUUUGUCGCGCUUAAAGGCUCGCCAGACGGAUGGCCAACCCUAUGGCCCGGUGUGGCUCCGCACGCGCACUAAAGCAUUCUAAAGUGAUAUCAAACUAUAUUGCAUAGCUCUAUUUACUCGUAAACCGUUAGAUCGCGAGCGAGCGCAAAGUAUCUUUAAACAAAUCGCUGAACCACGGACCCAACCGUGGCAAUAUUUUAAAUCUUAAAAUUUCUCAUGAUAGAGAUCCAUUUUACUAUAUUCACAAACAGGUUUUAUGUAUAACACCAUUACAUUUAAUUAUAUAUAUGAUAGUUUGUGUAUUUUUGUGCUAUCUAACACGUGUAUUCGUCCGUUUCGUCUUCAUGCAAACCGUAUGGACUAGCGUUAAGUUCAAUUAUGGCGAAAAGUUUUCUUCGCUAUUCACCUACACAAAUAUCGAUCGAACUGGAUACACAACAGUUUAUGAUUGCAAU